AUGACGCUCCCCAAGAGACCCAGGAGGUCAUCCACACCCAGAACUAUACCUCUCGAUCACUCUCACCUCGUGGUCGGUUCCACCCUUCCAGCAACCCAUAUCAAGAGCAGGAUCUCAAUUGUAUGGGGUAAAAACGCUUCUAUCUCUCCAGGCGAUAUACCAAGAGUAUCCUUCUCUGUCAAUCACAAGUUUGACAUACCCGUAGGAUAUCAACCGAAUGAUUACGUCUUACCCACAGAGAACGAAAGGAUAGUGAGAUAUGAGAUCAAGAUCAACAUCUACCACUCGCAAUAUAACCCGAAUAGCCAGGUUGACAAGUUGAAUAAUCAUGUGCAGAGUCUGAGUGAAGAAGGGUACGACUGGUUGAUCAGCUUGUCAAAAAAGCAGAUGCAGAUCGAAACCACCGGUAUGGAAGUUAUCAAGAAGACGGAAGGACCUGAUAAUGGAAAUGUUCACAUCGUUGAACUUCAAGCUGUAGGUGAGAGGGAGAUAUGGUACGACGAGGGUAAGAAAGUCAAGAAGAUAAUGCCUGAGAUUCCUUUACCCUCACAAGCCCCUGACUGGUUCUCUAGCUCCGCACCUACCGUUUCAUCACCUGUUCACCCUACUUCACAACAUCAACCCCUUGAUACUUCCAACAAAGGUGAACCAUCUCGAUUAAAACCUUUGACAUCGUUUCCUCCACCUGAUCUUACUCGAGUACCUUCAAGAUCAUCAACCUCUUCCCAUUCGUCCAUCCCACCUCGACCGACCAAACGACCUUCGACAGAAGAAGAGGAAGAUAGACAAGGUGAUAAGAGGGUCAAGGGUAUUCUGAAGGAUAAAGAAGCUGGAAGAAUUGAAGAGCGUCCUAUUGUGGAUGACGGGCAAGUGAACGAAGCAGACAUAGUGAAGGACGUGCAGAAGGAAAAGAAGAAAGAACCCAGAACCGUCGUUCAACUUGGACCUCCAGGAUAUCAAGCUCUGAUCGAUACCGUCAUAUCACCUGUAGGCUCGAAGGGCAAUGAGAAGGAACGAUCCUCACCAAUACAACAGCAGAUCGUCGUCAAUCCCGCUGAUGUUAUCAUUGAUGAACGAAGUCGAGCAGAAACAGUAGAAGGAAUUGCAACCGAUCCAGAAUUCCCACCAAUCUCACACGACAUCUCUCCUGAUACAUCACCCAAAACAAAUCUUCCAAACGCUUCAGCCAACACCUCUCAGUCUAUCCACAUGGCGUAUAACCCUAUCUCCGCUGAACAUAUCCAUCCGACCCCUCUGCAAGCCAUGACGCCCUUUCGAUCACCGUCAACCACAUCAUUCAAUCUGGCUCAAGCCCUCAGCAGUCCCUCGUAUCCUUCGCUCAGACGGUCCACCCCUGCAAUAUCACAAAGUAGCCCUGUGGCGUUUACACCGCGUGCAGAGAGAGAGCGACUCGUCACUGCUAGAAGGCAAGUGGAGGAAAAGAGGAGAGGUCAAGUGCAAGCUGCACAGGCGGAAAGUAGCAGAGCCGCGCAAGCGAGGUUAGCAGAUGUACAGAGAUUGGAAGGGUCGUUGAUAACAAACGGAAAGGAGUAUACACCACUUCGACAUCUGACUUCUGGGUCUAUAUGCAAUAUAACAGGAGUAGUGGUUGCAACAAAAGCUGUGACCGUGACCAAAUCAUUCGAUCAUCUCAUGUCAGUGAUUCUCUGCGAUCCCACUCGUCAUGCGUGCGAUCCAUCAGCCAACGAAGAGCUGGUCGUAUCUAUAUUCCGGAUUCGACAAUCCGAUCUACCCACAAAUGUGUCUCCCGGAUCUGUCAUGCUCUUUAGAGGUCUCAAGAUAUCUAUGUUCGGUGGGAAAACCAAAGCUCAAGCAUUCUCUAGUUCCAACAACACUUGGGUUUAUCUCGAACAUGGAAAAGAGAUCAAAUACGAAAAUCAGAGUCUGAUGAAUCCACCCUUGAACAGAAUGGAAGUGGAUAGGAUGGUUGAUCUGUUCAAUUGGUAUAAGGACUUGCAUCAAUUUCCUUAUGGAGCUGGGACCUUUGGGUCUGACGCGCCAUCGAGAAGAUCAUCUCUGACACCAGGUGUACCGAGAGAUGCGAUCACCCUAAGCCAAGUUACUCCCGCCACUUUCUUCGACGCCGUGGUCAAGAUAAUGUGUGUUGUCCGAAACAAUCAUCGCAAGCCAGACAUGGAACUUUACGUGUCAGACGGAACAACCUCAACGUCUUAUCAACUUCGCAAUUUUCAUAAUAUUCAAAUACAAGGUUUACCCAACAAAGCUUUGUUCAUACUUGCCAUCCACGAUCUACCUCCAAGUCAUGAAAUGCCAUCAUUCGAUGUGGGGAACAUAGUCAAGUUGGAAAAUGUGAGGAGUAAGUUGUAUAGAGAUGCGUUGGAGUUGAGUUGGUCGGAGCUGCCUACUUCCGAUCAGGCGCUUCAGGGUUGGAGGAGAAGGAAAUGCAUGUUGAUUGAUGAGCAUGAUGAGAGGGCUCGAGUGAUCGAAAGACGACUACGAGCGCUCAAACGAGGAGAUAUUGUUGAUUCACCGGCUGUAAACACUCAACAGCCGAUAUUGGUGGAUGAUUUCCAUAGUACUUUCUCGACCGCAAACCAGAUUCCUCAGCCAAACGUGAACUUUUAUUCCACUCUCGAUCAUGGUACCACUCGAACAGACCUGCCAUCUCGCAUAGCAACUCACCUUCAAACGAUCCACACCGACCCCAUCGAACAUCCCUUAUCGACCAUAGGCGAUAUCAUCAACAACUCAACCAUUCCUAAUAAAUAUCGUAUCAUCGCUCAAAUCAAAUCGAUCGUUCCUCGCUCUCCAUCCGAUAAUAUCAUUCAGGCGUAUUGUACUCAUUGUAAAUCGUCUUUCAAGAACGGCUGGGCAUGGUGUCAGAGCUGUAACGAUACCGAUGGAUAUCAUUCUGAAUGGAGAUAUAGAUUCUUGGUUGUUUUCAAGGAUGAGAAGGGUGACGAGCUGGCGGGAUUGGUCGCGGAUCAGGAAGCUACCGAAUUCUUACCACCCCUCCCACCUCGGAGUACCUCGACAAACCCAAACGAUCUGCGUAAAUCCGAAAGAAGAAGGAUGGAACUAAUAGGUCAAGUGUACAAUAUCUUGCAGGGUGCCAAGAUGGAUGGGGUUAGGACGAAACCGUACAUCGAUAUGAGUUUGGAAGUUUAUCAUAUACUCAAGCCAAAUGCUGAACCGGAAAAUGGGGAGAAGGAGAAGGUGGUGGUGGGCAGAAUGUUUGGGAUGAAGAGCGUUACUCAAUGA